AUGCCAUCACCACGUCAUUACCCGGAUGGAACAUUACGCUCACCAAGAAUUUUAGAUGAUGAUGACGAGAUAGAACCUGCUUACUUCCGUGCUGCUCGAAGCAGAUCUCAAAGUGCCAUGCCAGCAGUAGACGACGAAGAAGAGAGGUGACU